GGCGCAGGCGCCGCUGUGGCGGGCUGGGGCCGGCGGCCAUGGCGGCGCUGCUGGAGCACGAGAGCCAGAUCUUCCUGGACCUCUUCCACCAGGACGGGCUGGUGGUGUGCGCCCGCGGGCUCGGCAUCGACCGCCUGCUGCUGCGCUUCCUCCGCCUCUACAGCGAGCCCGCCAGCCUGGUGCUGGUGCUGAACACGAGCCCCGCCGAGGAGGAGUAUUUUAUUGAUCAACUGAGGUCAGACGGAGUUGUUCAUCUUCCUCGGCGUGUUACCAAUGAGGUUGCAAGUAACACUCGCUAUGAAUUUUACACGCAAGGAGGAGUUCUCUUUGCAACAAGUCGAAUCCUCGUGGUAGAUUUCCUUACCGACAGAAUUCCUGCAAACCUGAUUACUGGCAUUUUGGUAUACAAGGCACACAGAAUCAUCGAGUCCUGCCAGGAAGCAUUUAUCUUGCGGCUUUAUCGCCAGAAGAACAAACAAGGCUUCAUUAAAGCUUUUACAGAUAAUGCGAUUGCAUUUAACACUGGCUUUUGCCAUGUGGAAAGAGUGAUGCGAAAUCUUUUUGUCAGGAAACUUUACCUGUGGCCAAGAUUUCAUAUAGCAGUGAACUCCUUUUUAGAGAAGCAUAAACCUGAAGUGGUGGAAAUACAUGUGUCGAUGACCCCUGCUAUGCUUGCUAUCCAGACUUCAAUCCUGGACAUUUUGAAUGCGUGUUUGAGAGAACUCAAACGUUACAAUCCAGCUCUUGAAGUAGAAGAUCUAUCUUUAGAAAAUGCUAUUGGUAAACCUUUUGACAAGACAAUACGUCACUACUUAGAUCCUCUCUGGCAUCAACUUGGAGCUAAGACAAAAUCUUUGGUCCAGGAUUUGAAAGUACUGCGUACUUUGCUACAGUAUCUAACUCAGUAUGAUUGUGUCACUUUCCUCAAUCUUCUGGAGUCACUGAAAGCAAGUGAAAAAGCUUUUGGUGAGAAUUCAGGUUGGCUGUUUCUUGACUCCAGUACUUCGAUGUUUGUAAAUGCUCGAGCAAGAGUUUAUCGCAUUGCAGAUGAGAAACUGAAUCAGAAAGGCAAAGUCUCUGGAAACAGUGAUGUAAAGAAGGAAAAUGAACUGAAAAGGGAAUUGGUUCUAGAAAGUAACCCAAAAUGGGAAGCUUUGAGAGAAGUACUGAAUGAGAUUGAAAAUGAGAAUAAGAACAGUGAAGACUUCGGUGGUCCAGGGCAAGUGCUUAUUUGUGCCAGUGAUGACCGAGCUUGUGCACAGCUCAGGGAGUAUAUUACUGAUGGAGCAGAAGCCUUUUUAAUGAGACUGUAUAAUAAAACCUUUGAAAAGGAUGAGAAAGCUGGAGAUGUGUGGAUUAAGGACAGAAAAGCCAUCAAGUCCAAAGGAAACGCCAGACCAGACACAGGGCCUCAAGCCAAAAAAAACAAACUCACAACUUCUUCAAAACAAAACAAACACAAGAAGCAGCAAGACCAGACUAUAAUCCAAAUGAUAGGGAAAACUGAGGAGAAAAACAAAGAGGAGUUGGAUGUGGAAGAUAACAAAGAGUUAAACAGUAGCCAAGAAGGCAGUAUCGAUGAGACCAUUCCUGAAGAUUUCCCUGUGAACUUACCUUCAGAUUCUUUCUACGGUAUUUUCAAAAACCCACUCACAAUUAUUCAUCCGUUGCAGGGUUGCAGUGAUCCCUAUGCUCUCACCAGGGUAUUGCAUGAAGUAGAACCAAGAUAUGUUGUGUUGUAUGAUGCAGAGCUAACUUUUGUUCGGCAGCUGGAAAUCUACAAGGCAAGCAGGCCUGGAAAGCCUCUGAGGGUGUAUUUCCUCAUAUAUGGGAGCUCAACAGAAGAACAGCGCUAUCUGACAGCUCUGAGAAAAGAGAAGGAAGCCUUUGAAAAACUCAUUCGAGAAAGGGCCACUAUGGUUGUUCCUGAAGAAAGAGAAGGAAGAGAUGAAACAAACUUAGACCUUCUGAGGGAUGCUAAACCUGCCUCUGUUUCCACUGACACACGCAAAGCAGGUGGACAGGAACAGAAGAGUACUCAACAAACUAUAAUAGUGGACAUGCGGGAAUUUCGUAGUGAGCUUCCAUCACUGCUUCAUCGUCGUGGUAUUGACAUUGAGCCUGUUACUUUGGAAGUUGGAGAUUAUAUCUUAACUCCUGAUGUUUGUGUAGAGCGGAAAAGUAUCAGUGAUCUUAUUGGUUCCUUAAACAAUGGAAGACUGUAUACACAAUGCAUUUCGAUGUCCCGUUACUAUAAGCGACCAGUUCUUCUGAUUGAAUUUGAUCCUAACAAACCUUUUUCCUUGAUUCCACGAGGUUCUCUACGUCAGGAGAUUUCCAGUAGUGACGUUACUUCUAAACUAACUCUUCUUACACUCCAUUUCCCAAAGUUACGUAUCCUGUGGUGUCCUUCUCCCCAUGCUACUGCCGAACUGUUUGAAGAGUUAAAACAAAACCAUCCACAACCUGAUGCAGAAACAGCAAUGGCUAUAACAGCAGAUUCCGAAACUCUUCCUGAGUCAGACAAGUAUAACCCUGGCCCUCAGGACUUCCUACUAAAAAUGCCAGGUAUUAAUGCAAAAAACUGUCGUGCCUUAAUGAACCACGUAAAAAGCAUUGCAGAGCUAGUGACUCUGUCAAAGGAUAAACUCUCUGAAAUUUUGGGUAAUACCAUCAAUGCCACACAACUGUAUGACUUUAUUCACGUGACCUACAAAGAGGCAAUAUCUAAAGAAAAAAACAAAAGAUGACUAAUGGAACUGAACAACAUAAGUUAUAGAUGAGCUUUUCUCACACAGGACUUUGGCAAGGUACAUGAAAUAUUUUAACAAAUGCCCUCUAAGUUAACCAGCUGUUUCCUGCUAAUGCUGUUCCAUCAGUUUUAACAUUUAAGUUAAUUAUUACUGUAGGCAAGCUUUAUGAGGAAAAGAAAGUUUUAAUAGAGGAACACAAAUACUUUUUAUUCUUUCUAUAGUACAUAAUAAUAAAUUCUAUAUUAGCACUGAAUGAAAUAAAAUUCUUCAUCAAGCCCAUUAAAAUUAAGUGCUAAGACUAAUAGAUAGAGGUGUUUUCUUUUGAAAGCUAUGUCUUGUUAAAGCAAAAAAUGUACGUUUUGAUUAAUUGUGUCACCUGAUGCAUCAUGUAUCACUUUGCUUUUGCCAUUUUUAUUAUUAACGUCGUGCUUUUUUGAAACUGCCAGUUUUCCACUGACAGUGGUGGAGCUGUUUGAAACACAUCAUGAUCACUUGUGAGGAGUUUAACUACUUUAGAAGAACAUACUUGGAAUCAAUCAUGAAUUUUAGAACUUUAUCAUAAACAUUCGCCACAGUAAACUGUAAUUGAAUGGUAUGUUGUCCAUUAUAUUUGCCUACUUUACUAGAAGUUAUAGUCAUUUUUGACAUUCCAAAAUUGAUACAGCUCUGUCUUACUACAUCUUGUAAAGUGCAUUCCUUUGGUCUUGAUUGGACACUGUGACAUGUCCAUGAUGGCACAAUACAAUAUUAUUCUCAAUGUGCCUUAUUUAUACUUAUAAGAUACUUUACUUUUCAGUCAGUUUUGAUAGCUCUUUCACCUCAUUCACUUGAAAGUAGAAAUACAGGUAUACAAUUGAGACAAUUCUUUUAUACCAGAGAAUAUUUCCUCUCAUAUAAUGCAGUAGUUUUCUGAAAGUAUUAACAGUUCUUCCAAUAUUGUCUUAUUCCUAUGUCCUAUUGCACUUGCAUUUUAAUAUCUUAAAUAGACCAUCUGUCAAUAAAUUCAGUAAAGCUAUUGUCACUUGGAAGGUACCUUUUAGCAUUCUAUGUAGCAUAAAGCAGGGAGAAAACAUGAUUUUUUUAAUAGUUUGUGAAUACGUACGUUGUUAAAAAUAUGUAUUAUGCACUGAGCUUUGAUAUGACAGCUAUAUAACAAACUGCAAUUGCUAAAAGAUGGGUCAUUACCAAUUUCUCUAACGUAUUCACAUUGGCUGUUUACAAAAUCUUUGUCACGACUUGCAUAUAUAUAUAUUUGUCAGAUUCUAAUUCUAAUGACACGAUUUCUAUAAUUAAAGGAGAAAGUAUUAAUUUUUUUGUAUUCAAGUUCAGAAAAAAACUGUAUUGUGCACUUUAAGAUUUAAAGUAUGCUGUGCAUUUUAAGGGUGAAUUAUGAAUUUGUUAAUUUAUAGUCUUGAGCUGUGACAGAUUUCCAAAGUGAACAUUAUUCUGCAGGUGCAAAUUUCAGUAUUAAAUAGAUCAAUAACAAAAUUUAAAUUGAUUAAUUUAAGCAAAUUUAAUUUAAAAUUAUGGUAAUCGUACAUAUGUCUUCUUUCUGAUUUGUUUGUAUUGAGAUUUGAACAUUUUUUAUGUUUAAUGUGUAGCUAAGAUGAGGGUUUCUGUUGCCCUAUAUUCUAAUUUAUUUCAUUUAAUAUAGAAGGAAGUCUUUCCAUGAGAUUUUCUUAUUCAAAGCAGUAAGGUCAGAAAUGUUCGGUGUUGAGAAUGCCAUUAAAGUGGUGCUAAGAAAACAGAAAAUGGUACUAAAAGCAUAACUAUCUUGAAUGCGUGUCCUAUAGAGCUUGGUACAAAAAAAGGAGCUGAACAACCUUUCCAAACAUGUAUUGUUCAUUAAGAUAUUAACUGUUUAUUUGUUUUGGUUUGUUUGUUGCUGUUUUUUUUUUCCAGAUGUAUUGCAUGUCAGCUUUGUCAUGCAAUGUUGGGGUUUUUUUGCCCUUGGAUUUGUGUAAGGCAAAAAUGAAGGGUAUGUGAACAGGUUAAAAAAGUUGUAGCUUCGUUUUGUAUGGUAGAUCGAAGUCAUAUAAGGCAAUCAAGAAAUAAUUAGAUUAAAUUUCGUUUGUGUAGAAUUACUGUGACUUUUUUUUCUGUUGCAUGAUUUUUUUCUUUAAAAUAUACUGCAAUUAUUGCAUGGCUUUAUUACUUGUGAGUGGGUAUCUUAUGUUAUGAGGUUAGAUUACAGUUUAGGUUAUAGUAAUAUGUAAAUGGUAUGUAAGUGGUUUGAACUUCUGGGGCAGUAGGUACUAACUGUGAACAGAUGGGGGAGAUACCUUGUGUUGUGAAACCCCUUAAUGCUGAAAUAACCAAACCACCGAGUCACACUUCACCUGUAUGCAGACACAACGAAGUAUUUUGGGUAGAUGAUGAAAAUCCGUAUGAUGUCUUCCCUGGCCUUACAGUGUUCUUUAGCUUGCUUUCAUCAAAAGUAAAGAAAUUGCACAUCUGUUGUCAUUGCUUGCCUCUAAGUUUGUGCUAUCUAAAAACAAAUAGACACUUAAUACAUGAAACU